GUAGUUCCGCAUCUGCGCGGUGGCUGUCAGCUGACAGAUGUUUGCAGUCUCGGUUCGUGCGGCUGUGAAAUAAAAACACCUGCGCGAUCAGAGCCGAUCAGCGCGAUGAGUGCUGGCACCCCCCGAUCGCUGCCCUCGUCCGGGCAAAAAUCCAUCCAGGACAUCUGUCACCCUCUGUCCGCCGAGGAGUCGGCGCUGAGCCGCAGCCCAGAUGUGCUGAACCCCAGCAGCAGCGCUGGAGAGAAGGACCUGAGCCUGCCCAAUGGGACGCCAGUAGACACAUCAAGCCCCGCCUCCUCUUCGUCUCUACUAAACCGACUACAGCUCGAUGACGAUUUGGACGGAGAAACACGUGAUCUGUUCGUGACUGUAGACGACCCCAAAAAACACGUGUCGACUAUGGAGACGUACAUCACCUACAGAGUCUGCACAAAGACCACCAGAACAGAGUUCGACCUGCCCGAGUACUCGGUAAGGCGACGCUACCAGGACUUCGACUGGCUGAGGAACAAAUUAGAGGAAAGCCAACCCACCCACCUUAUUCCACCUCUACCUGAGAAGUUUGUUAUGAAGGGCGUAGUGGACCGCUUCUCAGAGGAGUUUGUGGAGACCAGAAGAAAGGCGCUUGACAAGUUCCUCAAACGUGUAGCAGACCAUCCGGUGCUUUCUUUCAACGAACAUUUUAAUGCAUUUCUCUCAGCAAAGGACUUGAAUAAGCGUCAAGGCCUGGCUCUGCUGACUAAAAUGGGGGAAUCUGUGAAGUAUGUGACGGGCGGUUAUAAACUGAGGGCACGGCCGGUGGAGUUUGCCGCCAUGGGCGACUAUCUGGAUGUGUUCACGCAGAAACUGGGAACCAUUGACAGAAUAGCACAGAGAAUCAUCAAAGAGCAAUCAGAGUUCCUGAUGGAGUUGAGGGAGUACGGGCCGGUUUACUCCUCCUGGUCGUCUUUUGAGGAGGACCUCCAUGAUCCUCUGGAGGGGGUGGCGGGGUGCGUGUCUAACUGCUCCGGCGCUCUGGAGGAGCUCACGGAGGAUAUGAGCGAAGACUUUCUUCCUGUGCUCAGGGAAUACGUCCUGUAUAUCGAAUCCAUGAAGAAUGUGCUGAAGAAGAGAGACCAGGUUCAAGCUGAAUACGAGACAAAGUUGGAGGCCGUCGUGUUCAGAGAGGACAAAAAGACACCGGUGCCCACCGAUGUGGAGAAGUGCCAGGAUCGUGUGGAGUGUUUCAACGCCGACCUGAAGGCCGACUGGGACCGCUGGCAGAACAACAAACGACAGGACUUCAGACAGCUGCUGACGGGCAUGGCCGACAAAAACAUCCAGUACUACGAGAAGUGCCUUGCAGCAUGGGAGUCCCUCAUUCCACUGUUACAAGACAAACAGGAAGCAAAAGGCGAAACGAACUGAGCAUGUUUUUCAGCCGUUCUCUCGGCCACCGGUGAGGUCCACAGCUCAAGAUGCUGCAAGCAGGCUGUCCUCGGACCUGUCUGGCGUGAGCAGAGUUUUCACGAGACGGCCGGGGACGGGACAGACACUACAGGAGUGGACGAGCUCCAAGAAUUCCAUUUUGUAAAGUGUCUUUAUUUGUUAAAGCCCAUCCAACCACCUCUCUCUUGUUCUCUCGUUCUCUCUUUUUUUGUGGAUGGAGAAUUUGGAAUUUGUAGUUUCCUCUUCUCAAGCUCGGACUAGAACUGAAGAAGAAACUGUUAACGCUUUGACUUUGGGAAACUGUAAACGGUCUCGAGGAUGAGAGAGGAAGUUUUUGGUGACGUCGACGAAUUUGUAGUUUUUAGUGAAAUGUUUGCCAGUUAUCCUUUUGUAAAUGCUUGUCUUUUGAUGCGGAUCCAUCCAAGGGAAUCGAGACCUCAGUGUUUUUGUUUUUUGGUUCACGUUCACAAAGAGUCCCGCCGAAGGUUUGCCAACAUUCCUCUUGCCAAAGAUGUGGAAAUGAAGUUUGAUAUCUCGUUUAAAAAAAGUUGUUUUUCAGAAGAGUUCUUGGACACCGGCAUCACAAAACACUUCGGCCGUUCCCUCGUUGUACUCUAAACUAAGCUGUUGCGUUGAAAUGAAGGAUGUUUUCCCAGCCAUACUUGACCUCAUUAAAUAUUUAUGACUAAA